UCAUAACAACUUGAACUCUCUAUCAAACAAUUCUUUUAAUACACAAAAACGUACACAUCAAGAACUGGUCUUGCCUCUUGUCAAAUACCAAUGCUAAUUAAGCUUUCAUCUUCUUCAAAGGUUCAUUCAUCUUCAACUUUCUCUAUCUUUACAAAAUGACAGUAAAAUCAUUUCAUUGAAAAUAAUUGCAUGCAAGUUUGCAACAGAUCAUACACUUCCUUUGUAACUUUGAUCCCUCCUUCAGAUAUUAAUUAAGAGAUACAGCAAGGCCAGUACUAUGUUAGGCCUAUUUUUUUGCCAUAAUAAGGUGGGACUUUAACUUCCAAAUCAACUUAUGUUUGACUAAAUAUAAUUUUUGUUAGGAGAAAAAAGGUCAAUUGAAGCAUGUAUAUGGCAGAUACUUACUCCGGACAGAGUUACGAAAAGUACUUCCACGACUCACAAACCGAAGAACUGAUAGAACCGUCUAGUUCCAACAUCUCUACAAGUUCAAUUCAUCCAGAUAGUGCUUCUUCUUACCAGCUAAUAGGUAGUUCAGGAGCUUCAUUGGUUGCUUCUUCUGAUUUCGUAACAGAUUUGAUUAUGGAAAAUCCAAGCGUGGUUUCAAUUGAAGUUGAUGGUGUAAUGAGAUCAAAACUAGAAGCAUUGGAGAGGGCAUUACUUGAUGAUAGUGACAUUGAGGUGGAAGAGGAAUAUGCGAAUUUUCAAAGCAUGGAAAUUGAUCCUAACAUUAUCGAUUGGGCUGAUCCUGAUCCAAUUCAGAAUAUGCUUCUCCGUGACUCGCCAAAGGAGUAUUCAUCUUCAGAUUCCAAUAUUAGCAGCAUCAGCAGAGAAAUACCAAAAAUUUCUAGGACCCCUAAGCAAUUACUAUAUGAAUGUGCUACCGCAAUUUCAGAAGGAAAUGAAGAGGGAGCAUCGUUGAUGAUAAACGUUCUCCGGCAGAUGGUCACAAUUCAAGGAGAGCCUUCUCAAAGAAUUGCAGCCUAUAUGGUGGAGGGGCUUGCAGCUCGCCUUGCUGAAUCCGGAAAAAGUAUUUAUAGAGCUCUAAAAUGUAAGGAACCUCCUUCUUUGGACCGUUUAGCAGCGAUGCAGAUACUUUUUGAGGUCUGUCCGUGUUUUAAAUUCGGGUUUAUUGCUGCUAACAAUGCAAUUUCCGAAGCAGUUAAAGAUGAAAUGAUGAUUCAUAUAAUAGAUUUUGACAUCAAUCAAGGAAGUCAGUAUAUGAAUCUUAUUCAAACACUUGCUUCGAGGUCUAUUAAGCCAUCCCAUGUUAGAUUGACUGGCAUUGAUGAUUCUGAGUCCGUGCAGCGAUCCCUUGGAGGACUAAAGAUCAUAGGACAAAGACUUGAACAACUAGCACAAACAGUUGGUUUGUCAUUUGAAUUUCGAGCAGUCGCAUCAAGGACUUCAAUUGUCACAUCAUCGAUGCUUAAUUGUCGUCAUGGAGAAGCUCUUGUGGUGAACUUUGCAUUCCAGCUUCAUCAUAUGCCUGAUGAGAGUGUUUCAACAGUAAACGAACGAGACCAACUUCUUCGUUUGGUAAAGGGUUUGAAUCCGAAGCUUGUAACAGUCGUGGAGCAAGAUGUAAACACCAAUACUACUCCUUUCUUGCAAAGAUUUGUUGAAGCUUACAAUUACUAUUCGGCUGUGUUUGAGUCGCUUGAUGUUACUCUUCCUAGAGAGAGUCAGGAUAGAAUGAAUGUUGAGAGGCAAUGCUUAGCGAGGGACAUUGUUAAUACAGUUGCGUGUGAAGGCGAGGAUCGGAUAGAACGGUACGAAGUCGCAGGAAAAUGGAGAGCUAGGAUGACAAUGGCUGGCUUCAUUUCAUCUCCAAUGAGUACUAACGCAAGCGAUGAAAUACGAAAACUCGUUAAGGCGUAUUGUGAUAGGUACAAGAUAAAGGAGGAAAAGGGUGCACUUCAUUUUGGUUGGGAAGACAAAAACUUGAUUGUUGCUUCAGCAUGGAGAUGACCAAGAUAAUUCAUACUCUAGUAUUUGAUGAUGUAGUGUUUUGCUUCCUCAUUCCAUAGUUCUGUACACUCAUUCUGAUCUUUGUAUUGUAGUGUUAUGUUUAGGCUUUCUAGUUUAAUAUUCCAACCUUAUGUACGCUACAUCCCGUUAUUUAAGGUAUUGUCCUCUUUUAAGUCUCAUAUGAGUCUUCACGGUUUUGCCUAUAGUUAAAAUGUGCAUCAGUGGGUUGAGAAGAGUACGUGUUUAUAAACUACUAUUAGCAGUCAACAAGCCA